AUGUUGAUGACAAUGAUUAUGCUGAAAUUUAUGAUUCAUGAUGAUGAUGAUUAUGAUGACCAUGAUGAAGAUGAUGAUGAUGAUGAUGAUGAUGAUGAUGAUGAUGAUGAUGAUGAUGAUGAUGAUGAUGAUGAUGAUGAUGAUGAUGAUGAUGAUGAUGAUGAUGAUGAUGAUGAUGAUGAUGAUGAUGAUGAUGAUAAUGAUGAUGAUUAUGAUGAUUCAUGA